CAUUGCUUGAUGGGGGAUUUUUAAUCAAGGGAUCGCUCUUAUUGUGACUUAUCGAUUUUCCUUUGAUUAUCCAGAACAAUGAAUGAUCUAUGCAACGGGAUGCAGUAUGAAAUAAAGAUAUUGAAUUAUGAGCAUCUAUAAAACGAUAUAUGUAGUAUCGAAAUCUUACGGGUAAUUACGCAGUCACCGGUGAGUUUUUUCUUUUUCUGCUGCGUGCUUUCAUUUUGGAAUAACACCGUCGAUAAAAUGACAUCGCAGUCGCAGAAGUGCGUUUAUUAGUGGAGAACGGAUAAGCAUAUACACAAUUUGGCGUUAUGGAUGAAUGGAAUAUUGACAAUUCCAAAGAAGAACACAUGGAUAUAUCGACAAGAAGUGAUAAAAAACGAUUCCCAAAGGAGUUAGCAGAUGAGGUCGAGACUCCAGGCAACAUCUUUACGCUCUCGAAAGAGGAGAAGACAGCGAGGCUCUUCCAUCUUAGGUACAGCACCAGAGAAGAUGUUUAUUAUCGCUAUGGUCGAAAGGAACCUGCCCUCAAGGGAUGGAAAGAGGGCGCUUUCACUGUCGUCAAUAUGCAGCGAUACCACGCCAACAAGGGGCCUCAUGUCGGAGAGUGGACCUAUUUGACAAGGAGACCCAGGCACUCCAGUGGAUCUAUCAGCUGGUUAUUGGAUCUGACCCAAUCUGGCCUAGUGGUAGACCAGGUCUAUGCUCUUACCUACAGUCGGACCCUCUCUGGUGGAAACAUCAACUAUGAUAUGAGACGUCCAGAUUGUCUACCAAGCAAAAAGCAUAAAAACGGAAGUCAUAUAAAUGGUCUGAUCUUUGCUGCAUACUUGGAUGGUGGCUUACACAAACGUGAGAGGGCGCAAACCCAACUUUUCUUCCAAGAUUGCCUUGAAGAUCCAGAUGGCUUUCCAUUUGAUCUCCUCAUUACACUGAAGCCACCAGAUCAACAAGAACUUAAAACAAACAAGCCAUCCAGGAAUCAAGGACCUCUACAGCCACUGUCCUUUCCUCCAAGACCUCGUAACGUGCCUUCCAAACCAACAAGUUGUACGUGUGGCCGCAGGACUCACAGAGAACAUCGGAUCAGCGCUUCCAUUGCAGACUUUAGGGACACAGAAGGAUGUUAUGAGCAGGACGAAAGGGAUAUCAUCGCUUCGGAAAAGCCAGAAGAGAGUAAGACGGAGAUAAUGCCAAAGGGUGUAGACUCCUGCUCCAAGACCAAAGACAAUGGAACUGUGUUGCCUACAGAAGCAGAUAAGACAAUCCCUGAAGCAAUAUCUGCAAAUCCACAUAAGGGUAGUGGGGGAAUCGCUCUUGAUCAGAGUAACAGAGGCAGCCAAUCAAAAAGAACAGUGGGUUUACAAAAUUUAGAGACAUCAAAGCGUCGCGACGAGGCAAUAUCAAGAAAGACAUCUGGGACAUCAACAGCUUGGGAACACCCUGUCAUUGACCAAGAAAACCUGGUUGGGAGAAGACAGAAGACCAGAUGUGUCAUUUUAUGACGAAUGGGUCUACAAACUGGCACAGGAAGACUGGUCGUCAAAGACUUUUGUCACAUCUCACACAAAACAUUCUUUACUCUUAGAGGAUGUUUAGGGACAUAGUUAUAUAACUACAAGAUUCUCAGUGAUGAUGAAAGACAUUGAAAAGAUUGAGUAAACAAUGGAUGAUAAUCUGAAAACUGCCAAGAUGUUCUUAAACCUGUGUUGCUUACUCUGGACCAUCAGGUCAUCACAUAAUCUUUUAUGAAUACAGCUGUCUUACAAAAGAUGAAUUCAACUACAAGUGAAUCUGUCCCAGUGAAGUUGUUUGGGACCAUAGAAAUCUGGGCCCUGUCUUACAAAGAGAUAUGAUUGAUCCGAUCAAGCGUAACUAUAUGGAAAUCCAUCAGUGUCAU